GCGCCGGUGCGACGUCAACACAGAUCUGCUAGGCUGUUCGGGAUCUGUCUUCCGUGACCGGGCAGCGGUUGAGUCCUUCCCAAAGGCCUGGGUCGGGCGGUUUGCCGGGUACCUUUGCCGCCGCCAUGGACAACUCCGGGAAGGAAGCGGAAGCGAUAGCGCUGCUGGCCGAGGCGGAUCGCAAGGUGAAGAACUCGCAGUCCUUCUUCUCUGGCCUGUUUGGAGGCUCAUCCAAAAUAGAGGAAGCAUGCGAAAUCUACGCCAGAGCUGCAAACAUGUUCAAAAUGGCCAAAAACUGGAGUGCCGCCGGAAACGCUUUCUGCCAGGCCGCCCAGCUGCACCUGCAGCUCCAAAACAAGCACGACGCUGCCACCAGCUUCGUGGACGCAGGCAAUGCCUUCAAGAAGGCCGACCCCCAAGAGGCCAUUAACUGUCUGAUGAGAGCAAUUGAGAUCUAUACCGACAUGGGCCGGUUCACAAUUGCAGCCAAGCACCACAUCUCCAUCGCUGAGAUCUAUGAGACAGAGCUGGUGGACAUCGAGAAGGCCAUCGCCCACUACGAGCAGUCCGCAGACUACUACAAGGGCGAGGAGUCCAACAGCUCAGCCAACAAGUGUCUGCUGAAGGUGGCCGGCUACGCAGCGCAGCUGGAACAGUACCAGAAGGCCGUGGACAUCUACGAGCAGGUGGGGACCAACGCCAUGGACAGCCCCCUCCUCAAGUACAGCGCCAAGGACUACUUCUUCAAGGCGGCCCUCUGCCAUUUCUGCAUCGACAUGCUCAACGCCAAGCUCGCUGUCCAGAAGUACGAGGAGCUGUUCCCGGCUUUCUCCGAGUCCCGCGAGUGCAAGCUGAUGAAAAAGCUGCUAGACGCCCAUGAGGAGCAGAACGUGGACAGCUACACUGAGGCGGUGAAGGAGUACGACUCCAUCUCACGGCUGGACCAGUGGCUGACCACCAUGCUGCUUCGCAUCAAGAAGACAAUCCAGGGCGACGAGGAGGACCUGCGCUAGGCCCUGGCCCCGCCUGCCUUCUCCCUCUGCUC